AUGAAGACUAUUCUGCUUAUUUUAUUGAGCGUGCAAAUCUUGCUAGCUCAGGAUCCUUGGGUAACCCAUUACACAGCAUUUACAUCAGCAGAAAUAAAUGAUUUGGAUGGUAAAGAAUGAUAAUUAUGCUUAGGUUGGGUUGUAAAGAAGGCAUUUAAAGGAAACACCUUUAGUAAAUGUGAUAAAAUCAGUUUGGUUGGUGGUUAUGGAGCUUUUGGAAAAGGAGCAACAGCAUUAAAAUAAUUGAAUCUUCCUCCACAUUAUAAAUUAAAGAUUAAUGUGCAGUUAUGGAAGUAAAAUUAAUUUAUAUAAUUAAACCUUUAGAAUAGAUAGUUGGGAUAAUGAAAUUAUGUUUGUUUUGGUUGAUGGUUUUAUAUGGCAAGCUAAAUGGCAUUAUUCAGAGGGAGCAAAUUUAUGUGGAGCAGCUAAUGAUUGGAAAGAGGCUUUUUAUAAUAUUGAAUUUGAAGUUCCACAUAAUUCACCUACUGUAAGUAUAGUAUUGACAUCAAAUUUGGAUGAAGAUGCUUUGAAUGUAUAAAUAAUGAUAAUAAUUAUUAUAGGAAUCAUGGGCAUUUAGAGAUUUCAAAUUAUCAUUUUAAAGAUGUCAUCCAGAAUGUGCAGUAUGUGGUGAUAAUAAACCAGAUAAUUGUUUCUUUUGGACAAAUGUAGCUACUAAUUGGAAUAAAUAAAUUUCAUUAGAAGGAUGGACAUUAGAUGGAGAAGGAAAAGCUGAAUCAAAUGAAUGUGCAGGAGUAUAACUUUUUGGUGGUUUUGGAAAAUUAGGAAGAAAAGCUAAUUUAUGGAAGAGAUUUACUAAUUUACCACCUCACUUUUAAGUCAAAGUCAAGGUUUAAAUGUGGAAGAUUGAUUCUUGGGAUAAUGAAUUAUUUUUAAUGGAAAUUGAUGAUUAAGAAAAAUUCAGACAAGCAUUUGCUUAUAAUGAAGGAGUUGAUCUUUGUGGUGUUGAUACAGGUGCAAAAUAAGGAGAAGGAUGGGCUGAAAAAAUAGUUAAUAUUGAAAUUAAUGUUCCUCACAAAUUCCCUGAAGUAAAAGUCUUAAUGAAAUCAACAUUGGAUGAACCACCUGAAAAUGAAUCAUGGGGUGUUAGAGAUUUCUAAUUAUUUGCUGCUUAAUGUUUCAAAGGAUGUACAGGUUGUACUGGACCAGCAAAAUCUGAUUGUACUUCAUGUGGUUAAGGUUUUGAUUUAGUGAAUGGUGAAUGUAAAGAAGGAAGUAAUUNUUGGAUGGUAAAGAGUGAUAAAUAUGCUUAGGUUGGGUUGUAAAGAAAGCAUUUAAAGGAAAUACCUUUAGUAAAUGUGAUAAAAUCAGUUUGGUUGGUGGUUAUGGAGCUUUUGGAAAAGGAGCAACAGCAUUAAAAUAAUUGAAUCUUCCUCCACAUUAUAAAUUAAAGAUUAAUGUGCAGUUAUGGAAGUAAAAAUUAAUUUAUAUAAUUAAACCUUUAGAAUUGACAGUUGGGAUAAUGAAAUUAUGUUUGUUUUGGUUGAUGGUUUCAUAUGGCAAGCUAAAUGGCAUUAUUCAGAGGGAGCAAAUUUAUGUGGAGCAGCAAAUGAUUGGAAAGAGGCUUUUUAUAAUAUUGAAUUUGAAGUUCCACAUAAUUCACCUACUGUAAGUAUAGUAUUAACAUCAAAUUUGGAUGAAGAUGCUUUGAAUGUAUAAAUAAUGAUAAUAAUUAUAAUAGGAAUCAUGGGCAUUUAGAGAUUUCAAAUUAUCAUUUUAAAGAUGUCAUCCAGAAUGUGCAGUAUGUGGUGAUAAUAAACCAGAUAAUUGUUUCUUUUGGACAAAUGUAGCUACUAAUUGGAAUAAAUAAAUUUCAUUAGAAGGAUGGACAUUAGAUGGAGAAGGAAAAGCUGAAUCAAAUGAAUGUGCAGGAGUAUAACUUUUUGGUGGUUUUGGGAAAUUAGGAAGAAAAGCUAAUUUAUGGAAGAGAUUCACAAAUUUACCUCCACACUUUUAAGUUAAGGUCAAGGUUUAAAUGUGGAAGAUUGAUUCUUGGGAUAAUGAAUUAUUUUUAAUGGAAAUUGAUGAUUAAGAAAAAUUCAGACAAGCAUUUGCUUAUAAUGAAGGAGUUGAUCUUUGUGGUGUUGAUACAGGUGCAAAAUAAGGAGAAGGAUGGGCUGAAAAAAUAGUUAAUAUUGAAAUUAAUGUUCCUCACAAAUUCCCUGAAGUAAAAGUCUUAAUGAAAUCAACAUUGGAUGAACCACCUGAAAAUGAAUCAUGGGGUGUUAGAGAUUUCUAAUUAUUUGCUGCUUAAUGUUUCAAAGGAUGUACAGGUUGUACUGGACCAGCAAAAUCUGAUUGUACUUCAUGUGGUUAAGGUUUUGAUUUAGUGAAUGGUGAAUGUAAAGAAGGAAGUAAUUAAAUUAAUAUAUAUAAUUAUUAGUUAAAUGGAUGACAUUGAAUAGAUUCUUCUUUAAUGAUGAAUAAGAUUUCUAAGGAUUAUAAGAUUGGAUUCCAUCAAAUGUAUUUUAAAAUUAAAAUCCAUUUUCAACUUGUGGUUAAAAGAAACUUUUUGGUGGUUAUUAAAGAUUUGGUGCCAGAGCUAAAGCUGAAAGAAAUUUCAAUCUUCCUAAACACUCUAGACUUAGAAUCUAAUUCUAAUUUUGGAAAGUUGAUUCAUGGGAUGAUGAAAAAUUCUAAUUAUUUGUUGAUGGCAAAGUUGUCUUUGAAAGAUCAUUUGGAUUUAGUACUCCAGGAUAAGCUAAAAUUUGUGGAGCUCCAUAAAGUACUUGGAUGACUUAUUUCUUCAAUGUUGAUGUCAUUAUUGAACACUCUAAUCCUACUGCUAAUGUUGUCUUAAGUUCUACUUUAGACUAAGGUGCUGAUGAUGAAUCUUGGGGUUUCAGAGAAUUUUAAUUACUUUAUGAAUUAAAAGAAGAUUGUGUUGAAUUGUAUACUGAAUGUGGUUUCAAGGGAACCAAAUAUGAAAUCUGUAGAGAUACUCCAUCACUUGCUAGAGUAAUAUAUAUUUAUAAAUAAAUUCUAGGAAAAAAUAAGUUAAGUUAAAUCAAUAAAGAUUCCUCCUGGAGUUAUAGUCUAAGGAUUUGAUGAAGAAGUUUACAAAGGAAAAAAUGUUAAAUUUUCUUCAAGUUAAGAUUGUUUAGAAGAAAUCUAAUUUUCUUUCAUCCAAAAAAAAUUUGAAAUAAUCCAAGCUGAUGAUUCUGUCCUUGCUGCAAAUUUAAGACGUAUCAGAUUUGAUUGAU